GCCAACGAUUCCCUCGAUCUCAAUAAUUGAGAGUCCAAGAAACUCAAUCGGUAGAAAUGGAGAAGAACAAGAAAGAAACAAUCAGUGGCUGGAGCGAUCGAGUCGAAGAUCUCGUGGACAACGGCGACGACGAAGGCGCCAUUUCUUUACUCGAAUCGGUCAUCUCCAACCUCGAAACCCUAGGCUCCUCCUCCUCCUCCGGCGAUCUCCGCCUCGCCUCCGCCCUCGGCGAUCUCGCCGACCUACAUAGCUCCCGAGGCUUCUCGAUCAAGGCCGACGAGCUACGAUCCCGCGCAAUCCUCGCCCGUGCUCGUGCUGUUGCUCCCUCGGGUGUGGGAUCACGGGAUCCCAAGCGAGAAGAUGAAGAGAUUGGGGCUUCAGAGAGUUCAAAUGAUCGACAAGAAGAGGUUGAUGACUGGGAGGCCAUUGCAGAUGAUGGGGUAACAGGAGGACUUCUUCCUUCUCGGCAGGGAGAGACUUCUAGCCCUCCACGGGUGGAUCCAUCACCUAAAGAAGCUCCAAAAAGGCGUGGGAGAGGAUCUUUUUUGUACCAAAAGAGUUAUCUCUACAGUGACCAGCCUGAUGUAGAAACUACCAACGGCAAGAAUUCUGCAGCUGAGGAUGAAGUGGAGGUUCAUAAUCGCGGCCUUGAUGACGAGGAUGACCAAGUAUGGAAUUUAGGAUACGGUACCUCGCAUGUUCUUGUUCUGUAUGAUUUUUCUCCAUCCACUCGGACGACAGAUUUGGAGAAGCUAUUUGACGACUUUAGGGAUCGUGGGUUUGCCAUUCGCUGGGUCAAUGAUACUACAGCACUUGCUGUGUUCAGAACACCAUCGCUCGCUCAAGAGGCUCAGAGUACCAUUAACUGCCCAUUCAAAGUCCGGAAACUUGAUGAUGAAGAUGAUAUUUUGACUCAGAUCUCCAGAAGAGAUUUAGAACCUCCGAUUCUGAGGCCAAAGACAUCGGCAAGAACAGCACAGAGGUUGAUAGCUCAAGGAAUGGGAAUCAAGUUCUCCACAGACUUCGGUUCUAAUGAGCUGAGGAAACAAGAAAAUGCAAGGAAAAGUCGCAUAAUAGCUCGGCAGACUAUGAAGGAUGAUGCUUGGGGUUCUGACUGACCACAGAACUGGUUUUUGUGUUCAGUCUCCUAUUCUUGUUCAUGUUCGUAUCACCGUUUUCAUUGGCAUAAAUUUGAUCAAGUGUAUUGCGGAUUUUGGAGAACGUGUUACUGCUGCUUAAGUGAUGGGAUGGGUACUUGUUAGAGUUUUGCUAAUGCCCUGAAAAGUACUGGAAUUCUCCCUCUAUAUUGUCGUCAGUUCUUGUAAUCGUGUAUGUGAUAACACAGAAACAUAGAGAUAAUUGGAUGAUAAUAGCACAAGCGGUGAUCUUUUUUUUUU